GUCGUUGACAGCGGCUCUGCAACCACUUGCGCGUCGCGUUUUUUUCUUUAAAAUAUUUAUAAAUUUCUAACCGUGUCACCUUGAAAGGGCUUAAUAAUGCAAUUUGCGCGUCAGUAGCAUAUAUUUAAGACCAGUGGGUGCUUAUCGCUGCUACAGAACACCCUUAUCUGUACAACGCUACCAACCGAUUCUCACCGCACCCGCAUUGUUUACUUGUCCACCUCCCCUCUUCCAAACGACAACGACAAUCUACAACCACCAACAUGUCUACUCCUCCCGUACCAUUCAACCGAUUGAAGCAGAUCGCCACCGACGUGUGCGAUAGUGCCAUCGGAAAUGCAGAAUUCUAUGACCAUGCCAAGACAGAACAAUGGAACUCAACAAUUAUUAGCUCCAUGCUCAAGGCUGUGAUCUCCGAGUCAACCCCCCAAGGCUCAUCGACGCCUGCUUUCAAGUACGCCUGCAACAGCACCAUUGUUCAACAUCUCGUUCCCACAUCAUCCCUCAACAAGGCUCGCGCCGGAGCCGACGCCAAGGAGGAGAAGCCGCACAUCACGACAAGUUCCGAAGCGACCGCUACAGACGGAAAGCCCCAUGUUGGCCGACGUGGAAUGCACAGCGCUACUGGCGCGUACUGGGACGAGAAAAAAGACGGCAUGUGGACAUUCAAGUACGAUGGCGGCGAGGGCAAGGGCAUGGACGUUGUUAUCAUGCUAAUCUGGGUGGCCGUUUAAGCUUGUCUAAAUUUGAUGGUAUUUAAAUUGUAUUGAUUGAGAUUACACGUGUUGAGCUGUCGCUGGUAUAAUCGGCUGAGCUUGCGUUUUAUAUAUUUGACGGGUUUGCAUGAAACGGCCACCGCUGGUGUGGCCACUGGUCAUAUAUGUUUAUUUUGUGUCUACAGAAAUCGAAACUUUUAUGCCAGCUGGCAAGUGUCAAAUGCCUAUCAAACAUUGAGAGCAACAUGUAGUCGAGUUUCUAGCAAACAUGUAGAAAUUCGUGCCAAUUGGCCGCUACCGGCGAGUCUUUACUGUUUACAUUGCUAGCUACUUGGGCUUUCCGUUUUACAAAUCUUCUCUCAUGAUUCAUUGGGGUACAUAUCUGUCUGUGGGUUUCUCUGAUUUGAACGAGGCCUGAAAUGGGUGAGUAUAGCCUCCCUUAGGAUUUUAUAGCCGGCGAUGGAAGUUAAGAUUCAUGUGUUUUGUUCUUCGAUUUGUAGCAUUCGCUAGGAGAGCAUCGGCAGUUGAAUUAAGUCUUUAGAUAAAUAUUGUAUUAAUUAUAUUGUGU